GCCGCGCAAUCAUGUAACCUCACAUCAAUUUGUGCUGUAAGAAGAGGCGCGGCCCGCUUUCCGUUGUGCUCUUGUGCUGAUGAUGACGAUGGUGAAGGAAGGCAGCGUGCGGCUGACGACGUGGGUGCUGGGCCUCUGCUUGCUGGCCAGCGUCGGAUACAUCCUCUCCAGUGAAUGCGCUGCCGUUGAUGGAGACAGUGUUGCCGCUGCCGCCGCUGCUGCUGGCGGUACACUGAAUCAAGAACAGCGCCGGGGCGCCGCCGGGGAGGGUGUGCUCCUAUCCUCGGACGCAAAGCAAGACUCCGUCCUCUCACAGCUGUUUCUUGACCUCCAAUCGCAAGCAAAGUCAUAUCGCACGGAGCUGGCCGCAAGCUCAAAGCAGAUUGAUUCCCUCCAACAAGAGAACGCGCAUUUACGGGAAGAGCUGGCCGCUGUCAAGCAGCACCUGACGGCAGUCAAGAACGCCGUGCAAGUGACUGAUCCCAGCGACAAACAGGCGGCUGCAAGUGACACGCCAACCACCCCGCCACCCACAGCUGCCCCGCCGGUUGGACAGCUGACCUUUCACGCACACUGGGAAGAAGUGCCGGAAGAAGACUGGGACUCUUUGCUGCGUCGGCGUGGCUGCAAGGAGGUUGACUACAUCGACAAAGUGCACUGCUGCAACCCAAAGUACUUCCACAACUUCACGACGCCAAUGAAGCACAUGCGCUUUGUGAGCCCGUAUCCGUUUGCCGCCUACAAGCUCGAGCGCCUGAUUCGUGGCGGCACCAUCUCCUUCAUCGGGGACUCCAUCACCUCCCAGAUAUAUGAAGCGUUGCGGGCGAGAGCACAUCGCGAAAAGUACGUCACACGUCCUUUGGAGAAGCUGCCGCCAUUGGCACAGGCCGGUCUCCAGUAUAUCAACAACAAAACUGGCCACCCAGCCCUCGCAUUCACAACCCUCCUCUACAGAGCAGACAAGGCAGAGAACAUUGACGAGUUCAUUGAGGCCAGCAUUCCUCAGCUUCCGUCCACCGCCCAGCACAGCUCAAACCGCCCCCAACACAUUAUCGUUGCAAAUAUUGGGCUCCAUUUCUCGGACACACACAAGGACAAGUCGGAAGAAUUUCGCGUGCAGGUUGACAAGUUUGCACGUGCCCUCUCCACCUUCAACAAACACCCGCUACAUUUCGGGUUCUUCAGAGACAUUACCCCGCAGCACUUUCAAUCCCGAGCUGAUUCAAGCAAGCACCAAGGCGAUUACUUCAAGCGGGAUCGAAGCAUCAACCACUGCGCACCCUGGCAAGAAACACAGCUGCAGUCCCAUCGGAACAACCUGAACAACGAAUAUCUGAUUGAGACGGCUGCACGCUAUGGCCUCGUCGUGCAGCCCACAACCGAGUUCCUCGCACCACGUUUCGACGCCCACCUGGAAACGCGCAACAAUGACAAAGGCAACGUGCUUGACUGCACGCACUGGUGCGCCCCCGUGUUUGACGUGUUUGAGGACGGCCUGAUGGCCGUGCUUGCAAGCAGAUUCAGCGUCGACUGGCUCCACCCAUGAGCAGAAACAAAACAGUACCGCCCGUGAAGUGGUCAGGAUUGUUGCAGGAUCAUCCUUUCCAGACAUGUCACGCCCUCCUACUUUGCUUCGUUCAACACACACACACACACACACACACACACACACACACACACACGCGCGCGCGCGCGCGCACGUCAUCUUGCCGCCUACUUGAUCGUCGUGUAUUCGCGAGAGAAACUGUUAAUUAUAUCAUGUGUAACAACACCAAGCCAGAAAUUACCAAUAAACAGCCCACAG